AUGCUACGGGAAUUAGAUCCUAUACCACAAUCUUUAGUUGCAUCAUUUUUUACAUGGGGAGUUACAGCUCUUGGAGCAGCAUUAGUAUUUAUUUUACCUAAAAACUCAAAAAAAUUUUUAGAUGUAUCUCUUGGUUUUGCUGCUGGUGUUAUGACAGCUGCCUCUUUCUGGUCUCUAUUAGCACCAUCAAUUGAAAUAUCAGAACAAAAAUUUGGAAAAUAUGCAUGUAUACCUGUUUCGUUAGGAUUUGCUUUAGGAGCAUUUUUUGUUCAUAUUGCAGAUCGCCUACUACCAUCAUGUUUGACAACAGAUAAUAGUGUUGUCAAAAUACUGACAGAUAAGAUGGGAGGUAAUGAUUCAACAUUACCUUUAAAUGGUGAUAUUGAUAGUAAAGGAAUUGAAGAAAAUAGUAAUAGUUCUUAUAUAGAUUCAAUGUAUGAUAAUUCCGAUAUACGUCAUCGUAAACAAUCUUGUAGGAAAAAGGAUCCCCUAGAUGGUAUGGAUAAAGAAGCAAUACGGUUAGCAGAACAAAAUUAUGCCCUUUCAUGGAGGAGAAUCUUAUUAUUAAUAAUGGCUGUAACUGUACAUAAUAUACCAGAAGGUAUGGCUGUUGGUGUUGCUUUUGGUUCAAUUGGAAAGACACAUGCAGCAACAUUUGAAUCUGCUUUUAAUUUAGCUCUUGGAAUAGGAUUACAAAAUUUUCCCGAAGGUUUAGCUGUUUCAUUACCAUUAGUGGGUUUUGGUUACUCAAAAUAUAAAGCAUUUUUAUAUGGACAAAUGAGUGGAAUGGUUGAACCAUUUGCUGCACUUUUUGGUGCUGCAGCUGUUAUAUUUAUGGAACCUGUGUUACCUUAUGCCUUGUCUUUUGCAGCAGGUGCAAUGAUUUUUGUUGUUGUAGAUGAUAUUAUACCUGAAGCACAACAAAAUGGAAAUGGAAGAUUAGCUAGUAUUGGAACUAUUGUUGGAUUUAUUGUAAUGAUGGCUAUGGAUGUUGGACUUCAAUAA